UGCGCCAACAGAACACGAGAGCGCCCAACACCAUGCUGCCGGUGCCCUCCCACUCUCCAGCUGCUGCUACCCAUCAGCUGCUACCCACCAACGCCCUCCGCACGCGCCCAGCGGCGCCACGAUGCCCGCGCGCCGCCGGCGCAGCCCCGGCAGCGGAGUCUCUCCUCUCCCGGGGGCUGCGGGCGGAGCCGCUGCCGCGGCACGUGGCGGUGGUGAUGGACGGGAACGCGCGGUGGGCGCGCGCGAGGGGGCUCCCGUCGGCGGCCGGGCACGAGGCCGGGCGGCGCGCGCUGGAGGAGAUGGUGCGGCUCUCCCGCGCCUGGGGCAUCCGUGCGCUCACCGCCUUCGCCUUCUCCAACGAGAACUGGAGCCGCCCCAAGGUGGAGGUGGAUUUCUUGAUGAGGCUGUUCGAACGGGUGAUCCACGAUAGCGUCGCCGAGUUUCUGAGGGAAGGAAUUCGGCUACGUGUAAUUGGUGACAGCUCAAGGCUGCCGGAUUCUCUACAGAAGAUCGCAAGAGAAGCCGAGGAGGCCACGAGGAACAAUUCACAGCUUGAUCUGACACUGGCAAUCAGCUACAGCGGGAGAAGGGAUAUCGUGCAAGCGUGCCAAAGGCUUGCCCAGAAGGUGCAGAGCACGGUGCUCAGGGCGGAGGACAUCGACGAGGCGCUGUUCGCCAGCGAGCUCGAGACAAGCUGUGCCGCCGACGAGCUCCUGUACCCUGACCUUCUCAUCAGGACCAGCGGCGAACUGAGGCUGAGCAACUUCUUGCUGUGGCAGUCGGCGUACUCAGAGCUCUUCUUCACCAACACGCUGUGGCCUGAUUUCGGGGAGGAUGACUACCUUGAAGCACUUUGCUCAUUCCAGAGCAGAGACAGGCGGUUUGGCGUUAGAAAAUUGUAGUAGAACAAACACACAAAGGCGGAAAAGGAAUAUUGGUCAGCAUGCAUAUAAUAUUACUUGAUGUUAGUUCAAUAGAAUCUGAAGAUAACAGUACAAGAAGAGCCAAAAAUGUUGCAAAGCUAUUCAGCAAAUGCCAUGACAAUCAGGUUGAUGACUGAGUAGAAAAAAUGUUAUGAAAUUGCCAGGUGAGGAGUGUAUUGCAUUUGUUUUAUAGAACCACAAACUAGACAGCGGUGAAUCAUUCAUUGUGUCCUCGUGUAGUACAAUAGUACUAGACUACUGGUAUUAACGACUAACUUGAGAUUGGUUUAUGGAAGUACUACGAAGGAUCUUAUUCGGUCUCGGUUCCUAUUUCCCACGUAUAUAUAUUCCUGCAUUUAUUUUUCUCAUUAAACUUUCUGACCAUAAUAUUGAUUAGUACUGGGGAC